AGGAGAUCAAAGUCUUGGACAACCCGUGUAAAGAUACCAAAGUUGUAUGACGCUCAUUAUGUCAUGUUGUUGCACAUUUCUGCACCUUUUCCAGACAUGGACCUCUCUCACGGAAAACUCGUUCUGGCAGGAAUGGGAUCGUGCGUCGUUCGCUUGGCCUGUUGACCAGGUCCUCAGCCAUGAAAGCAACUCAUGCUCAAGGAGUCCUCUCUUCAAAAGACCUUUGAAAUUUGGUGCCGAACCUUUGGCCCCCCUGCAAUAAACAGACCAUGUGGGACCUGCUGCCAAAGGAGAAAUCACAACACUGCACCAGUGAGACCUUCUGAAGAGAUCCUGUGUUUGCACACAAGCAAGGAUCUGACAAAAUAUUUCAUUGCUCAACGUGAUAUAUUGAAGCCACCCGACGUUUGCUCAAUACUUGAAAGGUUGUGGGAAAAAAUCCAGGACGAAAAUGAAGAAGACCGAGGAAAAUUGUUCAGUGCGAAAAAACAGUUGUUCAAUGAUCCCGACUUCAUGGCCAUCAUGAAGGAUGUGCUUUUCAGGUUGGACCGUUACAAAGCCAAGGAUUUGCCAAGAUUGAUUGCAGUAUUAAACUCAAUGCGUUGGAAUGACCGGCAGCUCUUCAAAAUCGUCGAGCCAGCGGUGAUUCGAGAAAUGCCCUCCAUGAGCGGCAUGGGUUUGUCUCAAGUAGCAACUAGCUUCACAGGAGUUGGCUGUGGCAGUCAAUUGCUUUUCAAUCAAUUGGUCCAAUGCUGUUUUCAAACUGCAGAUCAGUUUACGGCAGCAGAGGUGGCGAUGCUUGCAGCUGCCUUUUCAAAAGCCCCGCACCAGCCGAAACAGUUUUUGUUGGGCUUUGCUCCGUUGGUUUCCAGACACCUGUCUGCCUUCUCUGACAGUCAACUGCAGGAUAUAGUUCAAGCCUAUUCAUUGUGGCCAAGCAAGGUUUCACAAGACUUUAUUGAAGAGAUCCUACACUUGGUUGAAGAGCGAGUGCAAAGUGAGAUGAUGUGUUUGCCUACCUUGGUGCUAUUCUUGCGUUUUUUUGUCCUUUGGAAAUCUCGCGGUAAAGCUGCUAGGGACAGGAUAUACAGAACAGGAGCAAUUGGAGAAAUUGAGGAAGGCAGCAAGCCAAGUUGGACUUUUGCCAUGUCUCGGGUCUUCCUACUUUCAACCGAACGGCUACGGCUUUGUUGCAGCUCCCUGACAGUUGAGCAAGCCAGUGAUGUCAUGUGGGCUUAUUGCAAACUGCAGCCGCAUGGAACUGUCCCCAAGGGGCUGUUUGAGCUUUUGUACAACCACAUACUGCAGAACUUCUCCAAGCUUCCAAUGCCGAGGUUAGUUCAAUGCCUGUUGAAUACAGCGAGAGGCCUCUCUGGACACUUUCGCUUUUGGGAUGAGAGUGUUUCCGUCCAUCCCCGUCGAAACUGCCAUCGGUUUGCAUUCAGGGACAGGCGGUUGUUGCAGCAAGCCGAGUCUCAAGUAGUGAAGGAAGUGGCUGAAAUGGAAAGCCGUCACCUGACUGCUGUGGUGCAAGCCUACACCUUGUCCCAUGUUGCUUCUCCUGAAUCCGUUUCCGUCUUUCUGCGCGCCAGCUUUGACAAGAGCCGCGAGCUGGCGCCCGAGGAGCUUUCGGCCCUGCUGGUGAGCUAUGCGACCCUGCGAGUAGGAUCUUCCUUUGCGGGGCAUGUGCAGAUUGAUAUCUUGGAUCGCCUAGCGCAGUUCUCGGCCGUUCACUUCUCAGAGAUCCUCUGGGCGUUUUGCGCCCUGCGCCACCGGGACGCGCACUUCUUCGCGACGCUGCUCCGGCUCCUCACGCCGGGCGGCGUGCGGACCGCGCGGGGCGCGGUGCUGCUGUGCCCCGCGCUGUUGGAGAUCCGGACCUACUUCCCGUCAUUGGAUCCGGAGGGCCUGGAGCGGUACACGUCCUAUGUGCGGGAGCCCUUCUGCAGAAGCCAAAUGCACAGUGCCGCGCCUGAGGUGGCGCGAGAAAGCUUGGCACGUUCCUUGAGCAAGGCGGGCAUGAAGAAGGUAGAGCAGCUGGUCGACAUCGAUGGCUAUGUCGUGGAUGUGUUGGUGCCUAGUGAUGGCAAUGAACUGGACAAACCUGUAGCUGUACAAUACCACUCAGCACCGCGCACUCUGCAUAUGGCCACUGGUGAACCGCUGGGGCAAACCAUGAUGAAGCAGAGAUACUUGCGCGCCCAUGGAAUGUGUGUUGUGAAUAUUUUGGACGAGACAUGGGAUUCUAUGGACUGCGAGGAGCAGGCGCUAGACCUGGCACAACAGAUUCAGCGAGCCCAGAAACAGCCCACCGGAAAGAGCUUUGUUGGUCCGGCCCAUCGACCCAAGGAAUGAGACGACUUAUACAUCCAAAGCUGUCGGGUCCCACCCUGAUGUAUCAUGCAAAGGUGACUUUUUUGGGUUCUAGAGGAUUCUCAUGCGCCAGGUGCACGUUCUUUUUCGAUCAACGAUGCAAGGUCCGGACUGGGUGUUCAGUCUCGGAUUCUGCUUGAACGCCCUGGUGACCUUGAGGAGGCUUGCCGCACCAGCGAGAUGCGAGUUUGAAUGAUGGAAUCAUUGGAAUCUCUACUGAGCAUGAGGCGUGGCUGGAAGUGCUGCCACUUGGGAGUGCAAAGGACAGUAUACAUGGUCUUCUUCUGCAAUGUUGAAGCUCCGUUUGGAGCAUUGAACAUGUACUCAUUGGAUGUCUUGUCGUCCCACAAUUGUGCAAAUACAGCCUUGAUGGGACGAAGAUGAUACAACGUGC